CCACCUUUUUAUUUUUCACCUAGGAUGCCAUUCUCUCUUCCCUGAAAAAUGCAAGCGGAGAAGCAGCAGCAGCCGCCAUGGAAGAUCAAAGUCCAUGGGAAAGCCAAGAACUACCGUUUCAGAUUCGAAGCUGAGAGAGUCGUGCCUGCUUGGAUGUUUCACCGAUUUUCCAUUCUGGUAAGGCUACGCAAUUUUAUACUCAAAGUGAAAUCCGAAUAUGGAACUUCAACUCCGGUCCAAGAACGGAAGACAUUCAGAUCCAAAUUUUCCAGAGCUGCUAAGAAAUUGAGGUCCGGAGGAACCGACAGAGAGAAGAAAACUUGUGCUCCGAUUCCGAACAAAGUCCUGGAUUUCCAAAACUCGGAAAAUGAGAUCCCCGUGAAUCGAUUCACUAGGUUUGCUGGCAAGGAACCAAUCUCAAUCUGCAGUGCGGUGGUGGCCGUUGGAGUUCUUGCUUUUCUCUCUCAAUCGAUCCCGGAGAAAAUCAAGGGGAAUUAUUAUCCAUGGCUCACUCAGUAAUUUUACAAUGUAAGUGGAGUCUAUAUGUUCAAAAAUUGAAUGCGCAUUGACAUGUAAUAUUUUCUUCCACUAGUGUCUUUAUCAGGUUGUUGGUUGGAUUAAACAAACAAUAAUGCAUCUGAGGAUUAAAGCCAAAAUUAAAAAUAAGAACGUUAGUAGUUGGCUGGCAAUGGUUAAAUAGACAUAACGGAGACAGGUGUUCACAAUCUU